GAUCGUUUAUGGUAUUUAUGUUUUACUCGUCUCCUAAUGCACAGGCAGAAGCUAUUCGCAGAAAUUACCCAUAGAACUAGAAACUCUCCUACGAGAAUCUCCGUAGCUUUGUCUCGCUACUCCACUUUAUGCUAUAGAAAUCCAAAUCACGACGACCCAGUCGAUCCUUAUGCUGAUAAAGAUCAUGUAAUAUCAUGGACAUCCGUGUUAUCCAAGUUGGUAAGGCAAGGCCAGCCAGAGGAAGCCAUUGGCUUGUUCAAGACAAUGUUAAUGAGUAAUCAAAGGCCAAAUUAUGUUACAAUUUUAAGCUUAGUAAAAGCCUUUGAUACUUUAGAUUGGGAGGCAUUGAGAAUGAUGGUUCAUGGGUUGGUGAUCAAAAUGGGGUUUGAAUCAGAACCCUCAGUUUUAACUGCUCUUAUUGGGUCUUAUUCCGUUUAUGGUAUGGGAAUUUGUUGGAGUUUGUUUAAUCAAAUACCCAAUAAAGAUGUUGUUUUACGGAGUGCUAUGGUUUCUGCAUGUGUUAAGAAUGGGGACUAUGUGGAGGCUCUUGAGUUGUUUAGAAGAAUGCAGUUUCUUGGGUUGAAAGCUAAUCAUGUAAGUAUUGUCAGCAUCUUGCCUGCUUGUGCUAAUCUUGGCGCUCUUCAGCUAGGUAGAGAAAUACAUGGUUUUAUUAUAAGAAGAAUGAUUUGUUAUGUCAAUACUGUUCAGAAUUCAUUGGUUGAUAUGUAUGCAAAAUGUAGGAGUCUUCAGACAGCGAUCCGUGUUUUUAAUGGGAUGUUGAAGAAGGACUUGGUUUCUUGGAGGACUUUGAUCCGUGGUUAUGUUGAGAAUGAAUGUGGAAUAAAAGCAUUGGAUGCUUUUUCAAAGAUGCAGCGGUUGUCUUUCUUCGCUCUGGAUGAAUUUGUUGUCCGGGAUAUGAUUAUGGCAGUGCUACAAUCUGGAGAGAGUAAAAUUGGAUCAGCAUUUCAUUGCUACAUUCUGAAAGCCGGGUUCUUGGCUUUUGUUUCCAUUGCAACUGCACUGUUGCAGAUGUAUGCUAAGUUUAGCAUGGUGGCUUCAGCUAGGAAUGUAUUUGAUCACAUCAGUAAUAAAGAUGUCAUUGCUUGGAAUGCGAUGAUCUCAGCUUAUGCUCAAACCGGGCUGCCUUUUAAUGCCAUCAAUACAUUUAGACAGAUGUUAUUGAUGAAUGAGAAACCUAGUGAGUUCUCUUUAGUUAGUCUAUUACAAAUCUGUUCUCUGAUGGCAUCUCAAGAAGUAUCUGAUAAAGUUGGUGAAACCAUCCAUGCUUUUGUGGCAAAAGUUGGUUACUCGAGGAAUGUGUAUUUGUCCUCAGCUUUGAUAGAUUUCUACUGCAGAUUUGGAAGGGUUAAGCAAGGAAAGGCUCUUUUUGAUGAAGUUCCUACCAAAGAUCUUAUUUGUUGGAGUUCAAUGAUUAAUGGGUAUGUACUGAAUGGUUAUGGAAUUGAGGCUCUUGAGACAUUUGCAAACAUGUUGGAUUGUGGGAUAAAGCCCAAUGACAUUAUUUUUCUUUCUGUUUUAUCUGCUUGUAGUCACUGUGGGCUUAAAAAUGAGGGUUGGAACUGGUUUUAUUCUAUGAAAGAGAAGUAUGGAAUUACUCCAAAACUUGCACAUUAUGCAUGUAUGGUGGAUUUGCUCAGUCGCCAGGGUCAUAUUGAACAAGCUCUACACUUUGUGAAGAAAAUGCCAAUGGAGCCAGAUAAGAGAAUCUGGGGCGCUCUUCUUGCUGGUUGUAGAGUCUCGCCUGGUCCAAUUAAGAUUGUAGAGUUUGUUGUUGAACGGCUUUCCACCUUGGACCCACAAAAUAGUACUCAUUAUUACAUGAUUUUGUCUGACCUAUAUGCUGAGGAGGGUAGAGGGGAAGAUGCCAAGAGGCUGAGAAGAUUGGUCGAUGAGAAUGCCUAGAGGGGAAAAGAAAAGUUGGAUACCACAGUAACAAUUUCAAACAUGAAAGAAGGAAUACUUGAAGUUCUUCUUGUAAAUGCUGAAGACAUUAGGCACACUAAUCUUAUUGGAACACCAGCCUACUAUGUUAUAUUACAAUGUGGAACUCAAGAAUACAGGAGCAAAGUGUCACCAGGUAAACAUGAAAAAGUAUUGUGGAAUGAGAAAUUCAAGUUCGAAUUUCCACAAUCCGAAUGGGAAAACUUGACUCAUAUUACCUUUAGAAUCAUGGACAAGGAAUUCUUCACAGACAAUGGAUUUGUUGGUAAAACCAUAAUUCACCUUGGUGGAAUAAUUGCUGAGGGGACAGACAGAGAAUUUAUUGAACUGAGACCAGCUCCUUACAAUGUAGUGCUUGAAGAUGACACUUACAAAGGACAGAUAAAGAUUGGGUUUAAAUUCAUUGCUCAUAAAGAGAUGCAAGAAUUUGCUCUGCUGCCUAAUGAACCUAGACGAUCAUUUUGUAGCUCCAUUAGGAAUCUAUGGAAAUUUCCAUGGUGGAAAUUUUUAUUUCUUUAUGUACAGAGGAAAUCCAAAAAUGAGCACAAGGAUAAUUAAGAGGAAUACAAGUGAUUGGUAUGUGGUUUGAUGUAAGAAUGUGAACCAUGGUCUGAAAAUCUAUGAUAAUAUGAUCAGAUUUUACA